UCCUCCCCAUCCUCCAAGCCGCACGCCUUCAACCCCAAAGAUGUUCCGCUCCCACCGCCCUCCUACUCUCAGGUCUGCGUCACUCCGCUCCUUCCCACGAGCCGGCUCAUCACCCUCGCGGGCAUGACCGGCUGCGAUCCCGCUUCCUCCUCGAAUCCGAAAACCGUACCUGAGCAAGCUCCGACUGCGUACGCGAACAUCGCAAAGUCUCUCGCUGCGGCUGGUGCUACGCCGAGAGACAUCGUGCAG